AUGCCACGCCAGACGUCAGCAAGUCUGCACCACCGACAUUACCACAUGCUGCCUGUAUCUUGCAGCGUUGUUUGUAUAUCCUCCUGCGAGGUGCUUACAACUGGCAGUCGCCAUCUCGAAGCACAGCCUUCUGUGAGCAACGUUGGCAACGACAAGACGCUGGUACUGAUCCGCAUCAAACAGCUCAUGGGCAACACCGCGCCGGCUGCAGCAUGA